AUGGGGAAUUUGGAUGAAGAUGAGUUGGGUUUGAAGGGUGGAGGAGGUGGAUGUGACGUGGGAAUCCAACCCAAUUGGGCCAUUGGAUUUUCCCACUUGCAUUGCACUGCAGAGGAAUUCCUAUGGGCAUUGGCAGUUUCUGUUUACAAGAGAUUUGAAAACCACAACCAUGUCAACGCGACACGCAUGCACAACGCUAACCCUAAUAUCUGUUCUUACCUCACUCGAACACAGUCACCCAGCUAG